AUGAUCGUCCGCAAGGACUACAACUCCCACAGCGCACCGCGCAAAGCGCAGGCGCGGCGGCGAACGUGCGGGCAGGGGCCGCGCGCUGAUUGGCUGCGGUGGUGUUUUCUGAACGCGGUGCGCGCGCAGAGCGUCGCCUUGGCUUCCGGGAAUCGGGGAUGGCGCCGGGGCCUGUUUGUCGCUGCAGAGUAUUUCCUCCUCACCAUCAUGUGCUACGACCGCUACGUUGCCAUCUGCAAACCCCUGCACUACGGGACCCUCCUGGGCAGCAGAGCUUGUGCCCACAUGGCAGCAGCUGCCUGGGCCACUGGCUUUCUCAAUGCUCUGCUGCACACAGCCAAUACAUUUUCCCUGCCCCUGUGCCAGGGCAAUGCCCUGGGCCAGUUCUUCUGUGAAAUCCCACACAUCCUCAAGCUCUCCUGCUCACACUCAGGCUCCCUCAGGGAAAUUGGGCUCAUUGGGGUUGGUGUCUGUUUAGUGUUCGGUUGCUUUGUUUUCAUUGUUUUCUCCUAUGUGCAGAUCUUCAGGGCUGUGCUGAGGAUCCCCUCUCAGCAGGGACGGCACAAAGCCUUUUCCACGUGCCUCCCUCACCUGACUGUGGUCUCCCUGUUCCUUAGCACUGCCACAUUUUCCAACCUUAAGCCCCCCUCCAUCUCCUCCCCAUCCCUGGAUCUUAUUGUGUCAGUUCUGUACUCGGUGGUUCCUCCAGCACUGAACCCCCUCAUCUACAGCCUGAGGAACCAGGAGCUCAAGGAUGCCCUGAGGAAAAUGAUGACUGGGUGUUUUUCAGGAGCAACAACCUUCCUCUCUUCUUCUGCAGAACACUCAUUGUGUAACCUUUUACUGGCCCAUCCUGCCUUCUAA